AUGUCGUGGCGCAAUCAAGGCAUCACAGGUUCUAACAACAUCCCCCUCGGAACGCGUCGUCGGUUUGGAGGCGAAGGCAAUGGUGACUCGCAAAAUGACAGCUCUGCAGACUCUCCAGCCUGGGGUGACUCGAGCAAGCGUGGGCGCAGUCCUGCCAGAGCUGAACCUGAGACCGACGGCGUGAAGAGGCGUAGAAAGCGCAAUCGAUGGGGUGAAGCCGGCGAAAACAAGGCGGCAGGCCUCAUGGGCCUCCCAACGAUGAUUCAGGCGAACAUGACAGCAGAACAACUCGAGGCAUACGCCCUUCAUCUCCGUAUCGAAGAGAUCAGCCAGAAGUUACGGAUCAACGAUGUCGUUCCCGCGGAAGCAGACAGAUCCCCGUCGCCCCCGCCUCAGUACGAUAACUUCGGCCGUCGAGUGAAUACUCGCGAGUUCCGCUACCGCAAGCGCCUGGAAGAAGAGAGACACAAAUUGAUUGAAAAGGCCAUGAAGACCAUCCCCAACUAUCAUCCGCCUUCUGACUACAGGCGCCCGACCAAGACACAGGAAAAGGUCUACGUGCCGGUCAACGAUUAUCCCGAGAUCAACUUCAUCGGACUACUUAUUGGACCUCGUGGCAACACUCUCAAGAAGAUGGAAUCCGAAUCAGGAGCCAAAAUCGCCAUUCGAGGCAAAGGCUCUGUCAAAGAGGGCAAAGGACGAUCUGACGCAGCUCAUACUAGCAACCAGGAAGAAGAUCUACACUGUCUCAUCAUGGCAGACACGGAAGAGAAGGUCAACAAGGCCAAAGCGCUGAUUCACAACGUCAUCGAAACAGCCGCAUCCAUCCCCGAAGGACAAAACGAACUGAAGAGGAAUCAGUUGCGCGAAUUGGCGGCGCUCAAUGGUACUCUGCGUGACGAUGAGAAUCAAGCAUGCCAGAAUUGCGGACAAAUCGGCCACCGCAAGUAUGACUGCCCCGAGCAGCGUAACUUCACAGCCAACAUCAUCUGUCGAGUCUGCGGUAACGCUGGCCACAUGGCGAGGGACUGUCCAGACCGACAACGUGGGACCGACAUGCGGAACAAUAUCCCUGGAGGAUAUGGAGGACCGCAAAGACGACUAGGCGCUGCAGACGCCGUCGACCGAGAGAUGGAGAAUCUGAUGCAAGAGCUUUCUGGAAACCCAUCCGGCAAUGGCCCUGCGGGUCGCAUCGAGGCUGCACCUGGGGGCUAUGAUCAGGGCGACUCGUAUGCAGCUGGAGGCGGAGGUGAUUCGCGUCCUUGGGCACGUCAGCCGACUGGUGGUGUUGCUCCUUGGCAGCGAGACCGACAAGAACGACAGGAGAGAGACUACGGCCAAAGAGAGUAUGGUCAACGUGGUUACGACAAUCGUGAUUAUGGCCACCGAGACGGCGACUCGUCGGCUCCUCCAUGGGCCAGAGUCGAGGAGAUGCUAAAGGCGGAUAUGCCACCUCCUGCGCAAAACUACGGAUAUGGUGGCUAUCCUGGCUAUGAUGCUCAACCAGGAUACGGCGUGCCUCCUCCGCCAGCUCCUCCUGGACUCAGCUCUUUCUUGCAGCAGUACGGGGGCGCUGCUGCUCCCCCUCCACCUCCCGACGCACAGGCUCCUCCUCCACCGCCAGAUCAACCCCCGCCACCCCCAGGCGUGCAUGAGUACUAUCCACCACCUCCUCCUUCGGCGUAA